AUGAUUCGCUUCAAAUACACUCAACGGAUGGUUCUAAUGUACGGAGUUAUUUUAAUAGUGUCCCUCAUCCUGCUCGCUGGUCAUGUCCAGUCGCAGAAUCAGGAUCUUUACCGAAAUUGCGGUGGAUCAUCUGAUCACCAUUGCGUCCCACGUCACUUGUGCCGGUUUCAACUUGAAUUUCGAUCGGCAAUAGAUUACCGCAACCUAGGAUGUGUUUCCACAGCGAUUUGCUGCCCCAAGAACCUAACAAUCAACGAGCCAGCCGUCGACCAUCUUGAGCCUAUUGUUAAUCCGUCAUGCGGAUUUAUCAACCCGAAUGGUGUCACCUUUUCAUUUAGUCAGGAAACGAUCUUUGCCCAGGAGGCGGAGAUACCAUGGAUGGUGGCCCUGCUGGAUGCCACAAGCCGCAACUACGUGGCUGGUGGCGCCCUUAUCGCUCCACAUAUAGUGAUCACGGCCAAGCAAAGGAUCGAAAAUAUGAACGCCAACCAGCUUGUUGUGCGGGCCGGCGAAUGGGACUUGGAUACCAAUACCGAGCAGCUUCCUCAUGUGGACGUUCCUAUUCGGUCGAUUGUCCGUCAUCCUGGCUUUAAUUUGACAACCGGGGCCAAUAAUGUGGCGCUUGUGUUUCUCGUCAGAUCGCUUGAAAAAUACCGGCACAUAAAUCCAGUAUGCUUGCCCACGGCUCCAAACAAUUUUGACUUUAGCCGCUGCAUAUUUACCGGCUGGGGUAAGAAGUCCUUCGAAGAUUCCACCUACAUGAAUAUCAUGAAGAAGCUGGAAUUACCGGUGGUCCCAAACCGUCCCUGUCAGCAGAAACUUCAAAGAUUUUACGGAGGAGAUUUCGUCGUCGACAACAGCCUAAUGUGUGCAGGCGGGGAGCCUGGAAAGGAUUCAUGCUUCGGUGAUGGUGGGUCUCCGCUAGCCUGCCCGAUGAAAAACAAUCCGCAGCGCUAUGAACUGGCUGGCAUUGUGAACUUCGGCAUAAACUGCGGAUUGCCAGACGUCCCGGGUGUUUAUACAAAUGUGGCCAGCCUUCUCCAGUGGAUUCAUACGGAAGGAAACAACGGCCCCCAGCCUGAAAAGCAAGAGGGGAUUCCUUAUGCAAACCCGCAAAAAGACCAGUAUACGCAACCGAACUAUGAAAGAAUCCCUCCAUAUAUUGCAAACAAUGGAUGGCAGAUCCAAGAAGCUAAUCCAUCACUAGCCCAAGGGAAUAGUAAUAGUAAAGGUACGCCAAUUACUUAUUACCCGUUUACAGAACCCAAGAAGCCCAAUUAUUAUGCAGUUCAAGGAAAUGAUCAACAAAUUGUUAAACCCCCUCAGCAAGACAACGACUCAGAUGAUUUCAAUGGGCAACAUCAUUCCAAUGUGGAAUACGAAUACUGGACACAGUGGACACAGUGGAGUGCCACAAAGAGAGACAGACCGCAAGGACCGCAGAAUGGGGAUGUCCUCGGUGGCGUGGGCGUGGGCGUGGCCGGCAGUUAG